AUAAAAUUUUACAAAUUCACAAAAUUCAUAAAAUUAAAAUAUGAAAUAAAAGAAAAUUGCGUCUGCGGCAACCAAACGAACAGAACUAAAUCUACUUUCUGCGUCUGUGGCUGCGGCUGCGGCAAUGUCCUGCGUCUUAGAAACGAACAACAAGUUGCGUAUGCGGCUGCGGCUGCGGCUGAGUCUGCGGCUGCGGCUGAGUCUGCGGCUGCAAAACGAACAACAACCAAAGGAAUAGACGCAGCCGCAGCCGCAGACUCAGCCGCAGCCGCAGCCGCAGGAACAUGCGUCAAUGAAACGAACAGCCCUAACAAAGAAGUCCAAAAGGAGAUUCAACUCACCUGGGAGGCAAAGUGUCAGCACUUACCUGGUAGCCGCUUCCAUAUUGCUCUCAAGAGAUGCUGAUCAAGUCUAGCCAGAUGGAAGUCAAAAUCCGCUACAAACUCAGCAAAGAAGAUUGAAAAGCUGAAGAAUCUCCUAAAAUCUGCGUCAACUCAAGAGAUCAUGAAGCAUCUAAAGCCCAAGGUCACAGACGAAAUUAACAAGGACCUCACCAGACCUGUCACAGAAAAUGAACUCUUCCAAGCUAUCCGACAGAUGGACAGGGAGAAAGCUCCAGGCCCCGAUGGACUAAACUAGGUUUCUUCAAAGAUCAUUGGGAGACAAUAAAAACAGGUGCUCUAAAUUUUGCUAAAGCUUUUUUUGAACAUGAAAUCUUAGACGAUGAAAUGAAUCAAACCCAUAUAUGUCUCAUUCCAAAAACAGAGUCCCCUACAACCCCAAAAGACUUUAGACCAAUCAGCUUAUGCAAUGUUGCAUAUAAGUUGAUCUCUAAAGUCUUAGCAGAUCGUCUAAAACCUUGGUUGCACCUAAUAAUUUCAGAAAACCAAACUGCUUUCAUCCCUAAUAGACUUAUCACGGAUAAUAUCCUAAUUGCCCAUGAACUCCUACACUCUUUGAACACAAAAAAGCUCAAACAACCUUUUAUGGCAUUAAAACUAGACAUAAGUAAAGCUUUUGACAAGGUCAAAUGGAACUACAUAAAUGAAGUAAUGAAAAGACUAGGAUUUAAUGAGAAAUGGCGUAGAUGGGUAAUGAAAUGUAUAAGCUCUGCCUCAUAUUCAAUUCUCUUAAAUGGCAAUCCUGUUGGAAAAAUAAUACCAAACAGAGGAAUAAGGCAGGGCGACCCCAUUUCCCCUUACCUUUACUUAUUAUGUACUGAAGGGCUUUCUUCUAUUAUUCAAAAUAGUAUUCAAACAGGAAAAAUUCAUGGCUUUAAAGCAAGUAGAACGGGUCCUGCAAUCUCUCAUUUACUUUUCGCUGAUGAUUCCCUCUUGUUUUGUAAAGCAGAAGAAGGAGAAUGCAGGGAACCAAUGCAAAUCUAUGAAAAAGCUUCAGGUCAGGCUGUCAACUUCAGUAAAUCAGCUAUUAUGUUUGGUAAAGGCCUAGAUAAGGAUAAUAGAAGAAAGCUUAAGUGAAUGUACAUGAAUUAAUAAGACAGCUGGUUUUGGUAGAUAUCUGGGUCUCCCUGAAUUCAUAGGCAGAAAUAAGUUUAACACCUUCGAUUUCAUUAAUCAGAAGCUAGAGAAAAAGAUAAGCAGUUGGUACACUAAAUUUUUAUCACCUGCAGGAAAAGAAGUUCUUCUGAAAGCCGUAGCAACAGCCAUUCCAGCAUAUAGUAUGUCUUGUUUCCUCUUGCCCAAAAGAGUACUAAAUCAAAUGACAAAAGCCAUGAGAAAAUUCUGGUGGUCAAGCGCCAAAGACAAACAGGGGAUACCUUGGAUAGCUUGGAGCACAAUUGCAGACUCUAAAAGCUUGGGUGGACUAGGUAUAAGAGAUUUAACGGAUUUCAACAUAGCUCUUGUUGCAAAACAGAGCUGGAGAAUACUUCAGAACCCAAGCUCACUGCUUAGUAGAGUCUACAAGUCAAAAUACUUUCAAAAGACGAGUCUCCUCCAGGCGAAACCAAAAUCAAAUGGCAGCCACGCAUGGAAAAGCAUACUAAAAGAUCCAGAAGACGUAGAGAUCAUCAAGACCAUACGACCGUCAAUCACAGGAGCUAGUGAUUCUACUUUCUGGAUCCACACAAAAGAUGGUCAAUAUUCAGCCAAAUCAGAGAACUUGCGCAAAAGAAAGAUGGUGGCAGAUAGCACAUGUCAGCUAUGCGGUAAACAUCAGGAGACAACGAACCAUCUAAUCUUCCAAUGCAGAGCCAGUAAGGAAAUAUGGAGCAUGACACCAUCCAUCCAAAUAUCAGAUGGUUCAUGGACGUCACCAACGGACAAUGCUGGCAUUGGUUGGGCUCUAUUUAACACUGACGGAAGAAUUAUAUUAGAAGGAAAAGCUGCAAUAGAGCCAGUCAACUCCCCACUAGAUGCAGAAGCUGGAGCAUGGAGAAUGGCUGUAGUUCAAAUGAGGAAGCUAGGAUAUCACAUAGUCACCUUUUAUGGAGAUUCCUCUGAAAUCUAUGACACUUUGUCUAAUUCUCAUCAAGCUUCACCCAGCAGCAUCAAAGGAAAUCACUGCCCAACUUACAUGAAAGAUAUUGCCAAUCUGGCAAAAGAGAGUAAUUACAACUUAGGCUUUCAAAAAGUCAAAAGAACUUGUAAUGGUGUUGCAUACAAAUUAGCUAAAGAGGGUAGGAUUACAAACUCAGGUUAUGUUGUAAGAUGGAAAAACAAUGUGUAAUGUUUUGUAUUGUAUAAUAAAAAGUAUGCCGUCAAAAAAAAAAAAAUUAAUCGUUGUUCAGGGAGUUAGGGGUGAGAACUAUUAUCCGAGAUCCAUAUUCAAAUCCUAUCCUUUCUGAUCCGCCGGGAAAAUGAAUAUCUAGAAUACAAGGAUCUGGAUAGUUAUUUUACGAUUUUGACAAAUCUCGUUAGCAAAAUUUUAAGUCUAAAUAUUCAUAUCAAAAUCUAAAUUUUGAUAGUUAUUUUACGAAUUUGACGAAUAUUGUUAGUACUAUAGGUCUAAUAUUCGGAUCAAGAUUUGGAUUUAUAUAAUUAUUUGAAAAUUUUAAAAAUAUAAUUUAAUUAUAUAAUUUAAUUAUAUAAUUUACAUAUAAAUAACAAAUAAUAAUUUUUAUUAGCAUUUAAUAAUUUAUUUAUUUUAUUUUUGAAAAAAAUUUAGGUAGUAAAAAAUUAUUAGGUUAGUUUUUUUAAAAAAAUAUUUUUUAUUUAUUAAAAAAUAUCUAGAUAGUAACUUUAUAGAGACGAUAGAUACAGGUCUAGAUACCCGAGCCAUUUUACCACUAGUUUAAUUGGUAUUUCAAAUGCUUUAAAUAAUAAAAUAUAUGUUCUUGAUAUGGGUUGUUUUUUUCAUCCUUGACAUGGGGUUGCCUUAUCUUUAAUACAAGCUAGAUUUUGAUUAUCAAAUCUAUGUUCCUUGCUCUAUUCUAGGAAUGAGCGUUCGGAUACCCGUUGGUGUUCAGAUCAUGUAUUUUGGAUUUUGGUUCUACUUUGUUACACUAGUCUCAUUUAAGUAAAUUUGUGCAGGUUGGAUUCAGAUAUAACACAUCGGUUUCACUUUUAAUUUGUAUCACAUCUUAAAACUCAUAAAGUAACCAUAUACUGAUAUAUCGUUCGAAUUUGAGUUAUAUCGGAUCAUUUCGGAUAACCCGAAGUAAAAUCUAAAAUUAAAAAAAUAUAAAAUUUAGAUAUCAUAUCAAAAUAAAUAUAAAAUUUAUAAGGCACUUAUUUAAUUUUUAAAUACAUAUCUUUAGAUAUCAUAUCAAAAUAAAUAUAAAAUUGAAUAUUUAAGUACAUAUCUAUACUUCAAAUAUCUCUAUUGCAUACUAAUUUGAAUAUUCGGAUCGGUUUCUUUGGAUAUUAUUUUGGGUUUUUUGAAUUUUUUGGGUUACCCUUUCGGUUCAGUUAAUAACACUGUGGGUUCAUAUAUGUUUUGUAACAUCCUAAAAUACCCAUUCAGAUAUUUUUAAUAUUUUAGACCAGAUAUGGAUCGGAUUUUUCGGUUCGGGUUACGAAUAUUAUGUCCAUGCCUAAUCUAACCUUUAGGUGGAGGUAUUGGAUUUAGAAGUUUGAUAAAAUUAAAGGAAAUAUAGAUUUUAUUAAAUAUUUUUUAUUGGAUUAAAUAAAUGUAAUCAGUUUUCUAAUCAUUUUAAUUUCUAGUGUUAUUCAAUAUUUGGUAGAUUUUCUAUUAUUGUCAUUUUAAAAAAAAAUUAGUGGAAAAUGUAUUGUAAAAAUGUAAAGAACGAAUUCUUUAUUUUUAUGAUAAGAUUUGUCAUCUUAAUAAAACUUAACACAAAUAUCUCUAUUUCUCUGUUUUUCAUUUGUAACUAACUGAAAACAAAAAAAAAAAAAUUUACAAUGUUGAACUAUUGAACUUCGUUAAAGCUUAUUUUUUUUCUUAAGUAAUGAAAACAGAAAAAAAUUGAAAUAACAGAAAAAAAUUGAAAUAACAUAAAUAUUUCUCAUCGUCAAAGUGAUAGUAGCUAUGUGAUAUUUUGAUUUGCACUCACACCUAAACACAGGAAAGAAUUAAAUAACAGAAAUAUCUUUUUUUUUUUUUUUUGAUAACUCUGGUAUCUGGGCAGCCACAUUCCCAACUAUCACCCCGUAGGGGGUCCAGCGCCCCAGCCGAGGUUCUAACAGAAAUAUCUUUUGUUGAUGAUUCAUAAAAUCCCUACAAAAUAAUAUUUAUCAUAAAACACUAAUUAUAAAAUUUCAAAUUGUUGUUGACAAAUAUAUUCUAUCGAUAAACUCAUCAAAUAGUACCUAUUAUUUUUAAAAGAUUUUUUGUUAGAACCUCUCCUAUAAAUUCUAGUUAACCUAUAUCAUCAAAUCUCUAUAAAAUAGUAUGUUUCUACUUACAAAAAUAUUAGCGUGUAUAUUACUUCACCUAUUAUAUAGAAUUGCAUAUCAUAUCACUUCUCAGAGCAAAAAAUCUCAGCUAGAAAAAGUAUAAGUUUCACAAAAGUUGAACGAGUAGUCUUUUUUUUUACACCGGAUAACAAAUUACAUCAUCAUAUAAUUUCUAACUCUAUUACAUAUGGUGAUCAACUAUCUGCAACAUAUAAUAUUGAUGAACAGCUCCGCAGAUAAGGAUUCCAUGAUGAAACUCUUCCCGAAACACUUGGAUCGAUGAACGAUUAUGCAUGUACGACAUCCUCGAUGGAUAGGCUCUCUCUGCAGUAGACGACCACAACGAGCGGUUCUGCCUACAAUACUCUGAAACCUCCGAUAAGAUAUAUGCAUCCUAUAAUGUGCAAAAAAUUACAUAGUUUAGAAUUCGAACAUUGGACAUGGGUGUAGAAGCCUUUAAACCUUAACUAUUAGGAACCUAAUUUUUUGAUUUUUUUCUCUUGUUAUCAUUAGCUCAUAACAAUAGUUUAGUAUUCCCUGUUUUCUCAUAUUAUUUGUUUAUAUAAGAUAACAAAUAAUGAAAACAUCUUUUGUAUGAGGAUGGAAACCGGAGUCAAUUGUUGAAACGUAUUUUAGUUCAUGGUAUCGGGAAAGGAUGGCGUGAUUCAAAUCGCUCCUUGACCAAAACAACGAUAAAGGCAAAGAUUUUAUUGAAUCAAACAGCUCGGAUGCUACAAAAAUCACAAGCAUUACUUGAAUCAAAUGAAGUUUUUGAAAAAGAAUAUGAAAGUUAUGUAGACACGUUCCAACUUAGCUCUGAUUUUGGGCGGGAUCCAGGGACGUGCCUGAUACCAAGCAGAUCAAGCAGAUCAAACAUUGGCUUUGGGGCCAACAACAAAAUAUUCACUUUAGGGACCAAAAUAAGUGAGGUUUCUCUCUAGUUCUAGUGGCAAAUGCCAAUGUAUAAUACUGCAGGAGUUCAUGGGUUCGAAGUACAUGGAACACCUUUUAAUAUUUUCAUGUUUUAUUUAGAUUAUGGACCAAAACUUUUUUUUUGCUUAUGUGCCUGAAAUUGUGAAGCCCGGCCCUGGCGGGAUCCCAUAACAAAACAAUUGACAACUCCAGAUGAAGUAUGGAAAAAAUAUAUUAA